UCUAUUAAUAAAAUGCUAAGUUUUGAACUUUGAAGCCAAUUUAAAUCUACACACCAAGUUGUUGGCUAAACUUACUGCUGAACAUAAUACGGUUAAUACCAGAGUGAACUAACAAUAGUUAUUUCUAAAACAAAAACAAAUCCACUAACUACAGUAAUAAUUUUGAAUAUAAACUAUAGAGAGCCAUUCAAAAAGAAACCUCAUGUCACAAUGAUCAGUGAAAGUUGAUUGAUUGUAAUGAUUUUGGCGUUCAUGAACAGAAAUAAAAAUAACUUAACAAAAUAAUAAAUCCAGUAAAUACCUAAGCACCUGACGAAAGGUACCUGACGAAAACCAAAUAGCCCAAAAUGAAAGUUCCAUACGUAGUAGCCGUGAACACACGGAAAGCUUACAGAACGUCGAAUGUUAUGAAGGCUUCCUUAGGAGAAGCAGAUCGGAAGAUUGUGGCUGAAAACUUUGAAUGGGAUGAUAAUUUCACACCAGCGCCUCUUACAUACUAUGCCGCAAUUGCGCUGUCCAAGAUAUUUCACAGAAUAAAUCCACUCCAAAAGAUUUUACAAAAAGAUAUAGACAUUCUCAUGGAUUUGUACCCUGCUAACAUACCUCUGAAGUUCACCGUACCGUAUAUCAAGGAUGAACAGUAUUGGAAAAGGUCAUUUUCUUCGAAGUUUCCAUCAAGAAAGGAAGUUGGUGUCAGCUAUUGGAAAGGAAAAUUUUUGUCUGCAUGUCUUCAAGAUUAUUUAGAAAACGUCAAACCUGAUGUUUUUAUUGAAGAAGAUGCUGUUGACUUAGCGAAACUGGUUAGCCCUUACAUUUACGAAUUGGGUCUUAAGCAACUGCAAAUGAUUCGUCAGCCCACACCUCCUAUUCCAUAUGAGGACUCGGUCGAAGAUACGUGCGAAUUCAGUGUCCCCAAGCUUUAUGACCAUGUGCCGCUUGAACCAGUGCUAGCACGGCUUUAUAAUCUACAAGAAAUAUCUUUAAUCUUCGGAGUGAACAACCUCGAAGAUAAAUACUUGACUAGAUAUUUUGAGUUUUCCCUUGGUGAUUGCGAGUCAUUGUGCCGAGGACUUGAACAUUUGCAACAUCUGAAAACGUUUCGCAUCAACAGGAGCAAUUUGGACUGUUCUAAAGUAAAAAUAAUUUUGCAAAAUCUGGUAAAAAAAGAGUCUAUUGAAGAGUUGGACUUUAAUCAUUGUAAAAUUGGAGAUUAUGGUAUGAAAGCAUUGGGAGGAUUUAUUUUUUUACAUAAAAAUGUGAAGAGAGUGAAAAUAGCUAACAAUAGAUUCAAAGAGGUUGGAGUUCAGGGGAUUGCCUAUGCUUUGCAAAUGAAACCCGCUGCACCAAUUGAAUUACUAGAUUUCAGCUUGAAUCCGAUGUCAUUGGAAUGUGCUACAAUAUUCGCUGCAGCAUUUGUACGAUGCAAGGAAAAACCUCAGACGUUGAUUGUGAACUCUUGCGGCUUCUCAGGGCCUUCAGCAGAAAAGAUGGCUGGCUUGCUAACUCUAAAUCGUGGGUUGACUAGACUAGACAUGGCUGCUAACAAUUUAUCCGGCGAAGCGGAGAAAACUCUGAUUCGCGCCUUAGAACAAAACAGAAGGGUGUUGAGGCUUGAUUUGCGUAGUACGCAUAUUUCAGAAGAAACUCAAGCUAAGGUAAAUGAACUAUUGGAACGUAACAAGAAGCUGAUAGGAGUAGAAACCGAGCCCAGUGAUGAGAUACCGCCACUCUACCUCAAUGAGCCAGAAUAUCUAAUAUGGGAAUAUAAUCCUAACAACCCCGACCACAUUCCCGGAAGAUACCCUGAAAGAGUUCCCGAAGUUUAAAAAUUUAAAUGAGCAUUCCUUUAGGAAAACACUCUUCAUUUUAAAAAAUACGUAUGGUUUACAUGACAAAGUUUUUUCGUCAUUUAAUUUUAUCUCACUUUUACUGUUU